AUGGAGGCCGAGCGGCGGCAAACCCGCUCCCAACGACUGCGGCUGGGACGACUGCACCGACUGGGUCGGGCAGGGGAGAGGCGGCGCCGCGGGGCCAGCGGAGCUCUGGAACCCCUGAAGAAGGGGGCCAACUACCUCCCUCUGAACGGCGGGCUUCGGCUGGGGCGGACGGCGACGGCGAAAGGAGUCGCCGCGGGCCUGAAGGUGUGGAUGAGUUUGCCCGCGUGGCGAGCGAUAGAUUGGCUCCCGGCGACGGGAGGGGGAGUCGGCCUCCCCGUGCGCGACCAGGGCAGCGGCGGCUCGGAGCAGGGCUGGCGCCAGUCCAGCCUGGGCCCUUGA